AAGCCAUGCUGAUUUAGUCUUCAAAAGCUGGCCAGUCAUCACCGAGUAGUGCUUUCUCAACACACAGACUUCUCAACAGUGGGAAUCAAUUUUCCAGCAAAUUAUUACACAGUCCACUACAUUAUUAUUAUUAUUAUUAUUAUUUUGUAUAGAAAUAAAAAUAUAUAAACACUUUCUGCUUAUGUCAAAAAUUGCUUUCACCCAGGACUAAGCCCUUGCUCCACCAAUUCUCAUCUUUCUUUCUCUUGGCAUUUAUUCAUAUAGAUUUAACACAUUCUUUUACUUGGUGAUGCAUGUGUGUCUUUAAUAAAAAAUUUUCUUUAAUAAUUUUUUUUCUUCAAACUUGCAUUCUCUCAUAUCCUUAUGUGGCAUGAAGCAUCUGCCUCUUUUGUGUUCUAUUUUUUCACUGCUACAAAAAAGAAAUAAAAUCACAGCUAGGCUAUUUGGCUCUGCACUAUAAAAAUAAUUAUCAGUGCACCAACAUAAUUUAAUUAUUUUUUUCUGCUGUCACCUUGUGAUAUCCAUCCAGUUAUCUAUUGAAUUUUACAAUUUUUAUAGUGUCUGUGGCCCUCAAAAAGAUAAACCUUGUUUGUCUAUGUAUCCUAAGGGAAAAAUAUCAAAUAACAAUAGAGAAAAAAUGGCUUGGAAAUAUGUAUUUCACAAAGAAUUUAACUCUGCAUCCCGCUGGCACGUUUUAUAAUUUAAAAUAAUUUGUGUUUUUUUUUUUUUUUUUGCCUGUAAUUUAUUUUAUUAUUAUUAUUACAAGUUUAUAUAAGACUCUUAUUUCGGUUUGGUUAUGUGACGUCAUUAGGACGCGCCGCGAUGCUGGGUCUGUUGUGAUUCGGCUGAAGAAAGUAAAGUGGCAGUGUCCAAACAGAAAAAAAAAUUAAAAAUCCUGGUGAAGCAACUGAGAUCCACGUGACAUACUGUUAUAAAGAUGACGUUUAUUAAAGAGGAGAGCGAAGACAUGAAGAUUGAAGAAACUUUCAGAGUGAAACAAGAAGUUACUGAGAAACAAACAGAACUGAUGCCACUGAAAGAGGAGAGUGACAUGCUGACUGAUAUGGAAGAGAAAGAUCAAUAUGAGAAACAUCAUGAUUUCAUAACUGGAGAUGAAUCUUUUAGUUGCUCACAGACUGGAAAUACUUCCUCUAGAAAGAUAGCUCAAAAGAUAGGUACAACAAGUUAUUUUGCCUGCUUUCAGUGUGGGAAGAGUUUCAAUCAACAUGAAAACCUUCAGGUCCACCUAAAACUUCACACUGGAGAGAAGUCUUACACAUACCCUCAAUGUGGAAAACAAGACGGGAAAUUUAAAGUCCACAUGAGAUUUCACACUGGAGAGAGCCCUUUCACCUGUCAACAGUGUGGAAACAUAUUCACUCAAAAAGGAAGCCUUAACAGGCACAUAAGAAUUCACAUUGGAGAGAAGCCUUACACUUGCCCUCAGUGUGGAAAGAGUUUUGAUCAACAUGGAAACCUUAAAGUCCACAUGAGAGUUCACACUGGAGAGAGCCCUUUCACCUGUCAACAGUGUGGAAAAAGUUUCAGCCGAAAAGGAAACCUUAAUUAUCACAUGAGAGUUCACACUGGUGAGAGCCCUUUCACCUGCCAACAGUGUGGCAUAAGUUUCACAGUAAAAGGAAGCCUUACCAGGCACAUGAGAAUUCACACUGGAGAGAAGCCUUACACAUGCCCUCAGUGUGGAGAGAGUUUCGAACAACAUGGAAACCUUAAGGUCCACAUGAGAAUUCACACUGGAGAAAAGCCUUACACAUGCCCUCAGUGUGAAAAGAGUUUUGAUCAACAUUGGAACCUUAAAGUCCACAUGAGAGUUCACACUGGAGAGAAACCUUACAAAUGCACUCAGUGUGGAAAGAGUUUCGAUCGACAUGGAAACUUUAAAGCCCACGUGAGAGUUCACACUGGAGAGAAGCCUUACACAUGCGCUCAGUGUGGUAAGAGUUUCACUCAAAAAGGACACCUUGAAGUCCACAUGAGAAUUCACACUGGAGAGAAGCCUUUCAUCUGCCAACAAUGUGGAAAAAGUUUCAGCCGAAAAGGAAUCCUUGACAAGCAUAUGAAAAUUCACACUGGAGAGGAGGAGUUUAGAUCCACAUGGACGUCUUAACGCCCACAUAAAAAUUCACACUGGAGAGAAACAUUUAUAUUUGGUCAGCAUGGGAAGAGUUUACGAUAUAACGUAUCCCUUAAUUACUACAUGCAGAUUCACUUAAAACCCUUCUAAGCUGUUUGGGGUCUUUUUGACUCCAAAUGACAUUUACUGAAAUUUAAAAAAAAAAAUGUUCCCUUUAUCGAAAUGGCAUGAGACUUUGGAAGGUUGUCAACACGUGCUAGCUCUACAACAAGUCAAAAUUAAGUGAGUUUUUGCUCGAAACAAGCAAAAUAAUCUGCCAAUGGGGUAAGAAAAAUAAUCUUAUUUUCUGUUUGAAAUUAGAUUAUUUUGCUUGUUUCGAGCAAAAACUCACUGAAUUUUGACUUGUUUUUGCUGAAAACAAGACAAUAAUUUUUCCUUCUUGAUUUAAGAAUUUUUAGAUAUUUUGGCUGGAAACAAGACAAAAAAUCUAAGUAAGAAAAGCAUUUUUUGCAGUGCAGACUCUUGGUCUCAUCCUUUGAAAUACUUUCCCCAGCCUUUAAUGCAGCCAAUUCCAAUUGUUGCUUAUUUUGGGGAGUUUCUGCCUUUACUCUCCUCUUCAGCUGGUGAAAUUCAUGUUCAAUCGGAUUUAAAUCUGGAGAUUGACUUUCCAUUUCUUUGCCCUUAUAAAUUCUUUGACUGAACUGGCAGGGUGUUUUGGGUCAUUGUCCUGAUGCAAUAUGAAGCACUUCCCAAUGAAUCUGGUGGCAUUUUCUUGAAUAUUGGUAGGCAAGAUGGUUUUGUACCCUUCCAAAUUCAUUCUGCUACUGUCAUCAUACAUUAAGUCAUCAGUAAAGUUGAGAGGGCCUGUUCCAGAGACAUGCAUGCCCAUGCCAUGACACCACCUUCACCAUGCUUUACAGAUUAGGCUGUAUGCGUGGGAUCAUUGCAGUUCCCUUUUUUCUCCACAUUUUUGCUUUCCCAUCACAUCGAUAAAGGUUCAUCUUUGUCUCAUCGGUCCAUAAACACAGUUCCAAAACUCUUCUGACUCACCUUUGUGCUUUUUUGCAAACUCUAAUCUUGCCUUUCUGUUUUUGGAGCCGGUCAGAGGUUUGUAUCUUGCUGUGUAGCAUCAUGUAGUAAUUGUAUGUCAAAGUCUCCUGAGGACAGUAGAUUGUCAGAGCAUCACCCCAGCUUUCUGGAAGUUGUUGGUGAUUUUACAGACAAGUCUUUUAGGGUUCAUUUUCACAGCUUUUAUGAUUUGUCUGUCAUCAACUACUGUUGUUUUCUCAGCCAAUCAGGUAGUUGCUGGUGUCGCUGGUGGUUUCCAAACUCUUGAUUUCUCCAUGCCCUUUGUUUUUGCUAUAGCUCUAAUUAACUUCCUCUUUUGUUUUAGCAUCCAAAUUGCUUGCUUUUCUCUCAAAGUCAGCUCCCUCGUCUUCAUCCUGGUUUGUGUGUGUCAUCAUCAAAUGCAAGAUUCAGAGAGCAGAAGUAAUGGAUAUAACUGAUACGACACAUUCCCUGCUUUUAAUAUCUGAAGAAUUAAUGCAACAGGACACAGCUGAUCACUUAGAAAGACCCGUGAGGCAACUGUUCCAAUACUAAUGCUCACAUCAGAUAGAGGGAUGAAACUCUAAAACUUCUUAGCUGGUAAAACAUCUAUGUAUUGAAUCACCCAAUAAUAAAAUAUAACAUUCUGUAGUUUUGUCUCAUAUUCAU